AUGAGUGCGUCUGUUGCUGAUUUUUCUGCGUUCAAACGAAGGAAAGCGGAGAUUCCUGACGGAGUCGAAACAAUCGACUUGAGCUCCGACGAGGAGGAGCUGAAAAGAAGCCAGGGGGGUGGAAAGGUAAGAGGUGAUGCUGGAGACAAAAACAACGACGACGGCCACGAAGGUGAUAACAACGACGACGACGACGAUCUAAUGAUACUUGACCUGCAUCAAGUGUCAAAUAUCUCAUUCAAACCUACUCAUUUCUCGCGAUUUGCGUAUUCUCAACCAGAUCCACUGAAUUUGACAGAUAGAUAUAGGUUGUCGCAGGCUUAUACACCCAGGCCUGGAGGUUCGUCGUUUUCGGGUUCAACGGGGUUGGCGUUUGUGCAGCCCAACAGGAAAAUCCCUACCCAACUUUCAUUCAACUCAGCAACGCCACUGGUGUCGUCCAAUCCUGUCAUCUAUACACCAUCAGCACCACAAGCGCUGAGCCUGAACCUGCAUCCACUCCCGAUACUGGAACCUAGCCCGCUAGCUAUGCCCGGCGCUUGGAACACACCGGCGCCUGUUCCUCAUGCUGACCAAGACCUUGGUGGUAUCACUCGAGACGAGCUAGAACAGCGCGCAGAGUUGAAACUCGCCGAAAUCAAGACCUUGACCGAAUCCAGAAACAACAUAACCAGGCAAAUGCAAUCCCACCAGGCUCAAUACGAAAUGUUUUCGCGGAUUAGCCGCAAACUACAGACAGAAUUGAGCCAAGCCAACUCGAUGGGAGACCACGGCCUGGUUUUCCGCAUUCGAAGGCAAAUUGGUAAAGCGCAGCGUCUAAUGGACGCUCCCCGGCAGCUCGUCAACAAUCUCCAAAAGCAAUUGAACAAGAUGGAAGACAAAAUCGGCAUCCGCAAAAGGGAGAUUGAAGCAUUUAAUGCCAAAAUCAGAGGCUUGGGACAUUCUCUUAACGCGUCAUUCAACCCAUACGAAGCACAGAUCUCCAGGGAUUUUCAACAGCAACACUCAAGUUUCAAUUCAAAUCACGCUGGCGCGGGAGAUGCAGAUUUCGAUUUGCAAAAUCUACUAGAUAAUAUACGACCCGAUGAAAUAACAGAGGAAGGGCUUGCCAAUACCCCACAGGAAAUGUCAGUAAACCUUUUGAAACACCAGCGCAUAGGAUUGACGUGGUUGAAAAGAAUGGAGGAGUCCAAAAGCAAAGGAGGAAUAUUGGCCGAUGACAUGGGUUUGGGGAAAACCAUUCAGACUCUUGCCUUGAUUAUUGCCAACCGGUCACAAGACGCGGGGGUCAAGACGACGUUGAUUGUUGCGCCUGUUUCGUUGUUGAGGCAGUGGGCAGCGGAAAUCGAUUCUAAAACAAAGCCGCUGUUUCAUAUCGAGGUGGGGAUUUUCCACGGCGAGGAGAAGAAAAACAUGGCCUCGUUUGCAUCGAUGAAAAAAUAUGACGUUGUGCUUACCUCGUACGGAACUUUAGCCUCGGAAUUUAAAAGGCACUUUAGCAAAGAACUUCGCGAAAAUAAGGAUAGAGGAAAGACGUUCUUGCCCAGGCCCGAUACUGGUGGCGAAAGCUACACAUCGCCAUUCUUUGGACGAAACUCCCAAUUCCAUCGCGUGGUGCUCGAUGAGGCCCAGAACAUCAAGAAUAAGUUUGCCAUUGCUUCCAAGGCAGUCAUUUAUCUCAAGAGCGAAUAUCGAUUUUGCUUAUCUGGAACACCGAUGCAGAACAACAUUGACGAGUUGUUCCCCAUCAUCCGUUUUUUGAAAAUCCGCCCCUACUGCAUCGAAGAAAAGUUCCGUGCCGAUAUCGCCAUUCCUGUUAAAUCAAAGUCGGAAUAUUACGAUGAGAUGGAUAAAAGCAACAGUAUGAGGAAGUUGAGGGCCUUGUUGAGCUCGAUUUUGUUACGAAGAAACAAAAACUCGUUGAUUGAUGGCCAGCCGAUCCUUCAACUACCUGAGAAGCACAUCAUUAGCGACUAUGUCGAAUUGAAAGGCGAAGAAUUGGACUAUUAUAAACAAGUUGAACUAGGCGUGCAAAAAUUGGCAAGGAAGAUCCUUGGCACCUCGCAACACCUGAGCGUUCUCACGCUUUUGCUUCGCCUAAGACAAGCUUGUUGCCACUCGUACUUGGUGGAGAUUGGAGAAACCAAGGCAAGGGAGAAGAGCAGCAAAGAAGAAGAAGAAGGAGGAGGAGGAGGAGGUUUUUGGCUGCAAAACGAUUGGAGAAAGCAGUUGCGCACCAUUUGCGAAUUGCCCGAGACCAUCACCAAUGAGGUCAAAGCUAGGGUGACUUCUGAGGAAUCUCAGUUCUCGUGUCCUGUUUGUUACGAUGCCGUGGAUGAAUCCAGCAAAUUGGCGAUAUUCGCCGAGUGUGGACACAGAAUAUGUCAAGCAUGCGUCAACACAUUCUUUGACAACACCUUGGUCGAGGAAGAAAAGUCCACUUCUAGACUUGGCCAGUGUAUCGAGUGCAGGAAAAAUGUGCGAGAAGCCAAUGUUUGCGACUAUGCCAUUUUCCACCGGCUUUACAUCGACGGGUUGGAUGUUGCUGAAGUGGAACGGUUGUGUGCAAGUCAAUAUAGCAAGACUCUGCUAACCAACCUUUCAAUCAUCAAGCAGCUAACUGCUCGUGAUCAAGGGUUUGAGCCCUCUGCCAAGAUUGAAAAAGCCGUGGAGUUGAUCACGCAAAUUCAAGAAGCAAACCCGGGGCAAAAAAUCAUCAUAUUCUCGCAAUUCACCACGCUCUUUGAUCUUAUGAGGUUGGUGUUGGACCACCAACUGAUCCGCCAUUUGCGAUACGACGGAUCCUUGUCUGUCGAGGCAAAGAAUGCCGUCAUAAAGCAGUUUUAUCAGACUGAUAAAGAUGUCCUUUUGUUAUCCCUACGUGCUGGUAACGUGGGGUUGACAUUGACAUGUGCCAACCAUGUCAUUAUCAUGGACCCAUUCUGGAACCCAUUUGUCGAGGAGCAAGCUAUGGAUAGAGCUCAUCGUAUCGGGCAACAGAGGGAAGUUCAUGUGCACCGAGUGUUGAUUGCCAACACGGUGGAAAGUAGAAUUGUGCAACUUCAAGAAGCAAAGAAGGAAUUGAUUGGCGACGCCUUGAAUGAGAAUGAAAUGAAGUCCAUUUCCAAAUUGGGCAGGAGAGAGCUUGGUUUCUUGUUUGGCUUGAACGGGUUGCGUUAG